GGCCUGAACUGUUCCUGAGUGGGUCGUAUACCUCAGUCCUGUCAUUCGGUCACAGGUGAAGAGGUAUUGGUGUCUUGACCAUCUUGGAAGGAACAUCGCUACACUCAUAGCUCGGAUGUUCCUUAAAAUGUUUAUGUCGUAGGAGUUCUCGGUCUGGAACCUUUCUAUGUCUGGUGGAUUACAGUUCAAGUUUGCCUUUUUGAUAUUGAUGCAUUUGUUCUCUUCCAGUGAUCCAACGAUGACUUGCGAUGGCGUCACUGUAUAACCCAAUGGAUUACAUGAACACAGCAAUAUCACGUUUGGUUCUCCUCAUUACAUCUGUAAAUCUGGUGAACAGCAACGGGAUCUCUCCAACAGACUUUACGGUCUUACGCCAGCUGAGCCAACCGGAUGUUUUCACUCACCUAGCUUGUAAUGCUACAACAUGUCUGGAUAAGUUAGCUCUCCCAUUUCAAGACUGUGAAUGCCAGUGUCGGGAAGAUGCGAGCACUUUUGAUAUCAUGCAAAUGGGAUGCAGCCGGAAUCUUACUGCUGGUCAGAGUGUAUGGUUCGGCUCCUCUCCAUCAAACUCCAUCUCGGCCGUACUCCUCCCGUUCAAAGGUCAAGUCAUUCAUCCACAGACAGAGCUUUACACAAAUUUGAAUGGAGGAGUUAUGGAACCGUUGUCGAAGUACCACCCCUGUCAUAUCAGGUCAACUUCACGCCAGACCUUGGAAGGAUGGCUGCCAUGUGCCGAUGGAGAAACUGGGUUCUACAUUUCGUUGGAAACCUCACAGUUAUUAUUAAAGUGGAACGACUCAAUGGACGCUGCCAAAGACUUCAUGAUGGGCAAGCUGCUGUGGAUGACACUGGAGUGUCCUGGUCUGCCUGCUGAUGCACACGUCAGGUUCAAGAUAGUCGGAAGUCAAAGUGUCAUGAGUGUGAUGCUGGGAGACCAACAGAUUGAAAAUCUUGGGUUGGCUCCAACAUCAAACAACACCAAUACCUCCCUUCCUCUCACACCACUACCAAAACAAGAUGGCGACAAUGAGGUCAUACUCAUCGUCACUUUGUCAGUAACGAGUGCCGUGGUCGUUCUAGCAGUCACUGUAGUCCUGAUUACCCGCUACAUCAUGCAGCUGAGAGUGAUCAAGGAGCAUGAGCGCGCAAAACACUUGGAGGGAUUUGUGGAGCCAGAGACUAUGACUAAUCCAGUACAAGAAUCUGGGAGUCUUCCUGAAGUUCCUUUGGCAGUCAGCCAACCCUAUGAUGGGGAAAUAACUGGCCCUGAGUCAAGUUCAAUUCAUAAACAGAAACAUAUUUCAAGUCUUAAACGGCACUCGCUCAAAAGUCUCGGAUCAAAAAAGCUGAAGAGACAAACUAGUGUUCCACCAGGUGAUGACUCGUACCAGCAAAACUGGCUUCAUGUCAAACAAGCGCAUAAAAAUACAAUAUCCCUGCCGCCAAGCGCAGUUGAAUACUGGAAGUCUAAUCCGUAUAUUUCGGAGGAGCCGCAUGGUCAUAAUCAAGCAAUGCGAACAAUACGCAGCCUCAUUCUGAGAGCAAAAGACAAAGUGCGAGGACUGUCGUCGUUACAGCCAAUAUCAGAGGAAGAGGAAGCUCCAAGUGUGAUGAGUGGAUCUAAUCUCAGUAUUGAUUCGGUCUUAUUUUCCAUGACUCCGGGAGGGAGUGUUUCUAGUGAUUCACGCGGCAAAGGGAACCGUGGUUUUGUGAAUAACGGUUACAGUGAUGAGGAGAUGUUUUAUCAUAUCCCAGUGCAGUCUCGGGAGCCUGAUUGGGGCUCUCUUGAUGAGUACCUAGAUGAUAAUUUGGAAGGGGUGGAAUUCGGUGACGCCAUUCUUGGCUAUGAUGUUAACUCGGAUAUUGUACCAGUGACCGAAAUUGAUGACGUUGAUACAGAUGAGGGGAUUAGCCAAAGUUUUGGCAGUUCUGAAACCAAAAUUCACUUCAUGGAAGGAAUAGCAAAAGAGGAUGUACCAGGUGGUGCUGUGAUAUUAUUGAAACAAGCACGAUUUAGUGAAAAUGACCCAGUGUUUUAUGUUGCAGAUGACAAUAUGCAAAACGUGGAUAAUUCUGAUGGUCUAAUUCAUGAGGAUAUUUCACAGGAGUCGAUUAGUUACCAAAGUGAUACAGACAAUCAGGUUGAUGUGGAUGGGCCACCUCUGCCUACUACACCGCCUCCAGCAAUAUCUAGUCAGACAAGUUCUCCCCCAAUGACUCUCUCCCAUAUCCCAAUACCUUCACCACUACCUCUAAUAACUGGUCAUCCACUUCCUCCCCCUGCAUCUAUCACAGGCAAGCAUAUACCACCACCUCCCCCACUGCCGAGUCAUAGUCUCUCUCCAUCACUUAAAGUAGUGUCUCUCCCAUCCCCUCCAACUCCAGUUAUUUUAUACAAUACCCCACCACCACCCCCUCCACCUGCACUCUCACCCAAUAGUCCACUUUCACCAUCCAAGCCUCUAAAACGUAUGGCCCCACAGCCCCCACCUGCAGUCUUGAUGGCCCCACAGCCCCUGCCUCCAGUCUUGAUGGCCCCACAGGCCCCGCCUCCAGUCUCGAUGGCCCCACAGCCCCCGCCUCCAGUCUCGAUGGCCCCACAGGUCCCGCCUCCAGUCUCGAUGGCCCCACAGGCCCCGCCUCCAGUCCUGAUGGCCCCACAGGCCCCGCCUCCAGUCUCGAUGGCCCCACAGGCCGCGCCUCCAGUCUCGAUGGCCCCACAGGCCCCGCCUCCAGUCUCGAUGGCCCCACAGGCCCCGCCUCCAGUCUCGAUGGCCCCACAGGCCCCGCCUCCAGUCUCGAUGGCCCCACAGCCCCCACCUCCAGUCUUGAUGGCCCCACAGGCCCUGCCUCCAGUCCCAAGUGAUCGCUCCGAUUCAGGCAUGCAUUCAGACUCGAGUUCUUUAUCCUCUGAUUCUGCGUUAGCAAACUCAACCCGUUCGGCUGGUAUGCUGUCAGUCAAAACUACCAAAUCAAGAGAAUCUGGUAUUGCCCCUGAACCCAAACCAGAUUAUGUCGAAAUUGUAACUAAAGUACCACCCCCAGACUAUCGGCAUACAAUAGAAAUGAAGGGGGAUAUUCUGACAGUGACAAGAGAACCGAAAAAAGUCGUUCUGAGGAAUUUGCAGAAUCGGAACGCUGUGAAAUUCUGGGAUGAAAUGGGUUAUCCAUGUCCCAACAAUGACAAGGAACGCACAAUCUCCCUACAAAAGGAACGCAAGAGAAACAGACUACAGAAAAUGUAUUUUAAUACUCCGCAUAAAAAACAAAUGAGUAGUGAAUAUAAUCGUAAGAAGGUUGGAUUAGGGCGUAAUCCUAGUCAAUUGCAAUCAGAGAAGCGGACUUGGGCAAAUAGUAUGGGGCGAGGGCGUAGUCUUCCUGGGAAAGGUUCGUCACCUAAAGACAGGAAUCUUUGCUUAAAAACAGACAAUGAUUUGUCUUUAUUGAGGUUAGGUGGAGUUUGGGAGGUGUAAUCGGAGUUUCUCGCUGGCUACCACGCAAUAGGCCCGGAUUCGAUCCGGCCGGGGAUAACCCAGGAUUGUAUUUCUGGAUGAACCGGCGUGGCUUUCAACAUUAACACCGCAAAAUUAGUCUUAUUUUGGCGUUGAUCUUUACGAAGUGAGUCUGAGCAAUCAGACCCUAUCAGUAAUCUUGCCAAACCCAUAUAAUGUUUUGUUUAUUGUUCCUUAUUCCUAUAUGUCAUCGUACUUGUAUAUAACAUUCACCUCAUACCUGAAUAGCCAUUGUGUUACAAUUCAAA